AAUUACACAAAUAUCCAUCUUGCUGUUCUUCCUCCACGUUCUCCUUUCGCUCUCUCUCCAUUUUUAAGCAAUUCAUUUCGUGUACUUCCAGUAAACGCUUGACCCAAUCCAAUUUUGACCCUCCAUCGCCAUCUUCAUCUCCUGCGCCUCCUCCGCCUUAAAACGGUGGUGCUACACCGCUGCACCUUUCUCACGAUAUACUCCACGCCAAAUUUCGGAGAAUGUCUCUUUCUAAACGAGUCUCAUUAACUCCUCAAUCACCGGCACAACCUCAACAAGAUCUCAAGCACCGAGUGAUCACUUGCCUCAACAAGCUCUCUGACCGUGAUACGCUUGCCGUUGCUGCGACGGAGCUGGAGUCUAUCGCUCUCAGCCUCAAUCAUGACUCUUUUGCGCCUUUCCUCACUUACCUCUCGGCUACGUCGUCGUCUGACAAGUCGCCUGUACGGAGGCAAUGCGUCCGUAUCUUGGGUGUUCUCUCAAUAACUCACGGUGAUGCUUUGUCACCACACGUUUCUAAAAUGCUUGCCGCCGUAGUUCGCCGCCUCCGUGACCCUGAUUCCGCUGUCCGGUCUGCCUGCGUUGGAGCUGUGUCGUCCAUUGCAUCGGAAAUCUCUAAACCGUCCUUCUCUUCGUUGUCAAAGCCGUUAGUGGAAGCCGUUCUGACAGAACAGGAUCAGAACUCUCAGAUCGGCUCAGCGUUGUGUCUAUCGGCGGCGAUAGAGGCGUCGCCGGAUCCUGAACCGGCACAGUUGCAAAAGCUAUUGCCUAGGGUUUUGAAAUUGAUUAAAUCCGAUGGCUUCAAAGCUAAACCGGCGCUGUUAACUGUUAUCGGCAGCAUUGCUGCAGCUGGUGGCGCCUCUUCUAACCGGAAUUCACUUAAUUCCUUGAUUCCGUGCUUGGUUGACUUUCUGAGUAGUGAUGAUUGGGCGGCGAGGAAGGCGGCAGUUGAGGCGUUAGGAAGGUUGGCAGUGGUGGAGAAGGUUCACUUGACAGCUUUCAGGUCAUCAUGUCUUGCGUCUUUAGAGAAUAAGAGAUUCGAUAAGGUGAAGGUAGUUCGUGAAUCGAUGAAUCAGACAUUAGAAUUGUGGAAGGAGAUUCCAGGGCAUCUAGAUGAAGUUCCUGUUUCACCUCAACUGAAUGCCAAUUCAUCUUCUAAAGAUAAUGGUCCUCCUGUUACCUUUUUAGAGACUCCAUUAAAGGAAACAAUUCCCAGUAGCAGAAAUUCUCCAAUUCAACGAUCAUCUCCAACUACAACACAAAGUAGAAGUCCCCCAAAGAGUAACUACAGGAAACCAAAUGCUUCAAUUGCCAGAAAAGUUGAUUUUGAGAAAGAAACUGAUUCCAAAGUCAACAUUCCUGCAUCCAUGGAUUGUAAAGAAAAGUUCAUUAAUAAAAAAAUGGAGCCUUCUGAAAGAGUAGAUACAGACAAAACAAUCAUCUUGGAAACCGAAAAACGAGUUACAGAACAGGUGAUUUCUAACAAAACACGAGAGGGCAAUUUCGGAAAACUUAAUGGUUCAAGAUUUGGUUCUCGUGUAGUUCCAUUUAUUGAUGAUUGUGAGUUUGAGAUAAAUGGAAACACAAUCGAAUAUGAUUAUGGAAACCAAAAAGAAGUUGAAGAUUUGUCUUGGAUCCAAAAACAACUUGUUCAGAUCGAAAAUCAACAGUCCAAUCUCUUAAAUCUUUUACAGAAAUUCAUGGGAAAUUCCCGUAGUGGGAUGAAUUCUUUGGAGACACGAGUAAAUGGUCUAGAAAGAGCACUUGAUGAAAUAUCAUAUGAUUUAGCAAUAUCAAGUGGGAGAGUUUCAACCAAAGAUUCUUGUUGCAUGGGUGUCCCGACAUUACUAAACUCGGUAGUCCUACUCCUACAGCAACUCCCGGAAGAAGCUUCGAGUCAUUAA